UGCCCGAAGAACCAGUUGUGACCUGUCCAGGUAAUAUCAAUGUAGGUACAUCUCCAGGGCAACCAACAGCACGUGCAACCUGGAAUGAGCCAACAGUUACUGAUGACAUUGACACUGGCUUGUCAGCUAUAUGUACUCCAUCUCCUGGGUUACCAUUUAAUGUUGGUUUGACUAUUGUAAUGUGUAGUUCAACUGACAGUAGUGGUAAUGUUGGCUUCUGCACAUUUACUGUUAAAGUCUUUGACUUUGAGAGUCCAAGCGUGACAUGCCCUGGUGAUAGGGUCUAUUACCAAGCAAUGGUUACCUGGAAUGCCCCAAUAGUCACUGACAAUGUUGAUACUGGUCUGUCAGCUACUUGUACUCUGACGUCUGGUUCAUUAUUCCCUGUUGGCAAAACGGAUGUUACUUGCUCUGCAAAUGAUUCUGCUGGAAACACAGCUUACUGUACAUUUACAGUGAGCAUAUUUGACUAUGAGAGUCCAAGAGUGACAUGCCAUGGUGAUGUUGCCAUUGGUAAUGCCUUUGGCCGAGGUACGGUGACCUGGAUUGACCCAAUAGUCACUGACAAUGAUGAUACCGGACUGUCAGCUACUUGUACUCCGCCUUCAGGUUCUAUAUUUAAUCUUGGUUUAACUGACGUUACUUGUUUUGCAACUGAUUCUGCUGGUAACACAGGUUACUGUAUGUUUAUAGUAAACAUCUUUGCCAGUGGUGUAGUUUAUCAGGCUACUAUCACAAGGGAUGACAACAAUAAGGUUGAGACCUGCAUCUAUCAACCUAAACCGAAUGUUAGUGUUGUUCACUGUACAGGAAGUCGUAGUAUUGUGUUGUUUGAAGGAUAUUUACCUCAAUAUAUCAGCUAUUUUCUAGGCCCAACAGUAGAUUACUACACGUUCCACACAAUACCUACCAACGAUGACCAGCCGUGUGGAUAUUGGUCAAGCUUCAUUAAUUUGCUGGCUUUCAACAGAAAUUCCAAGCACGUGCGGAGGGAUAUUUGGUCAAUCAAGUACAUUGGAGGUAGGGUUCCACACUACACAGCUAGAUCGUGUGUCGCAACAUUCCAGCCAACUCUUGCUAAAUGCGGAGACAUUGAAGUCAACCCUGGGCCAAUGGCCAAAUCAAACAGACACGACUCUAACUCUAUUAGAUCAUCCACACAAGACUAUAUGAGUCCAGAUGUCACUUGUCCUGGUGAUAUGGCAAUUAAUACAGUCGCGAGCCAAGUUACGGUGAACUGGAAUGACCCAUUAGUUACUGACAAUAUUUAUACCAGUCUGUCAGCUACUUGUACUCCGUCUUCUGGUUCCAUAUUCAGUCUUGGUUUAACUGAUGUUAUUUGUUCUGUAACUGAUGAUGCUAGUAACACAGGUUACUGUACAUUUACAGUGAACGUCUUUGCAUAA